AUGGCUCUGAGGACCCGGCUCUUGCACCCGGGCGUCGCCACGCAUGCCAUCCUUGUAUAUUAUGUCAAUAUUGUGUAUGCGCUGCGCCUCGUGGAUACCAGCGGCGUGGUUCUGUCGCAGGUGCUCCCGCCCGUGCAGCGCUACCUGCGCACACGCAGCGAUACCAUCCAGGCCGUGGUCGCCGCACUCCUGGGAAACGACCCCGCCUUCCAGCUCUUGCGCAUGGAGCUGGAAAGCGCAGGGAGCGGGCGCCAGCCAGCGCUCUCCAAAACCAUGCGCCGCGCACAGGAAGAGGACGAGGUGCAGGCACGCCCAGAGUACUGGUCCGACCCCGCAUGGGCCCCGCGCCCCGUAGACGCGGGGCCCGAGUAUAGCCAGAUGCGCUCGCGCGAUGUGAUAGAUCUGCUCGUCGGCAUCUUUGACGACCACGCCGGCUUCAUCCAUGCCCUCGAGCGGCACACUGCGCAGCAGCUGAUGCACACCCAGGACUAUGACACCGCGCGUGUGCGCCGCAACAACGACAUUUUCAAGCAGCGCUUCGGCGAGGGAAGUCUGCACCACUGCGACGUCAUGCUCGCGGAUGUGGCCGCAUCCGCCCGCGCCGACGCGCAAUUCCACCGUGGCGCCGAGCGUGCGGGGGUCUACGGUGCGGUGCACCCCCUCUUUAUUUCGCGCCAGUUUUGGCCGGAAAUCGAAACGGGCACGUUUGCUGUGCCGGCGCGACUGGCCCAGGCAUUGGAGGCGUUCGCGGCAUUUUACGCAGACACACAGCGCCAAAAACGCCUGCGCUGGCUGCCCCACCUCGGCACGGUCGAUCUUGCGGUGGAAAUGGGCGACGGCCGCACCGUCGAGGUCACAGCGACGCCACUGCAAGCGGCGGUAGCCGAGCUCGUCGCCGGCGAGCACGACGCACGCAUCGUCUCUGCAGACCACAUUGCCGGCGCACUCGACAUCGAUCGGCAGGCUGCAGUGCAUGCGCUGCGCUUUUGGGUGUCGCACCAUGUGCUCUCGGAACUGCCCCAGGGGGGGAGCUUUGCGGUACGCGAACGCAUAUAA